GUAUCGACGUCAGUUUUGGGGCGGGACUAUAAAACCUUGUUUUCGAGCUCCAAGAUCUCCAUUUGGUGAGAGCUGCUGAGCGGAGUCGGUCGGAGUUUUAAGUACAAGGCUAGACCUACAAGAAUACAAAAAAACAAGUCGAAGUCAACCGACGAACUGCUUGCUAACCAAGUUAUUAUCCGAAAGGAAAGCCAAUCUUAUCGUAUGUCCGCUAUCCAGAACCUCCAAACCUUUGACCCCUUUGCUGAUGCAACUAAGGGUGAUGACCGCCUCCCAGCCGGGACAGAGGACUACAUCCACAUAAGAAUCCAACAGCGGAACGGCAGGAAGACCCUCACCACAGUCCAGGGCAUCGCGACCGACUAUGAUAAGAAGAAGCUAGUCAAGGCCUUUAAAAAGAAAUUUGCCUGCAAUGGGACUGUGAUAGAGCACCCAGAGUAUGGUGAAGUGAUCCAACUUCAGGGAGACCAGCGAAAGAAUAUCUGUCAGUUUUUGAUUGAGAUUGACCUGGCCAAGGAGGAGCAACUCAAAGUCCACGGCUUUUAGAAGCUGCCAGCAGCCCUUUCCCCUUCUCUCCUGGAAGGCCGUCAAGCACCCCGCCCCUUCUCUAUGUGCUGCUGUUUUCUUCCUCCUUCCUCUCUCCCCUUUGCAGCCCCACCAGCUGUUGGCUAACACGUGAAUUACCUCUAAAUAUCAUGGGACUCUGUGACAUCACCAUCCCCCUAUAUCACCGGGGGGCAGGCUCGCUCUCACAAAGACACACCACUGCAGUUCUACAUAACAGGGAUGAGUGGUGAUGACCCUCCAACACACACUUCCUCCUUUCAUGUCCCACUUGUUUUGCUUUUUGUAUUUUAUUUUUAGGCCUUGUGCCACAAAAGGAGGCGCCUUUUCAUGUAACAUUUUUAUUUUGUACUCAAAGGUGUUUCAAUAAAACGAUGAGUCUCCAUAGAACGAAGUGGAGUGUUGUCAUGGGGAAUGGGGGUGGUAGCUGGAUGCUGGAGGGUCAAAUGUGUUUUAGUGUGUUGGUUAAAGGACUGCAGAUGGAAGAGAUGCAAGAUGUUUAAGUUCAAGUGCAGAAAGGGUUUUUAGCUGGUAGGAAGUAUUUGAAAUCAUUAACUUGGGCAUCUUUUGUUGAUUUUACUUUAUUUAAAGCAGCCUGUAUUGAAAGCUGAGCCAUUUCACUGUGUGAGAUGAGGUUGCACCAGGUGUUGGAAAGGAGUUAGUAAAGUUGAGAUUUAUUUAACAAGUUGACUUCUCUGGUGCUUGACCAGCUUUCUGGUUUGAUCCCAUAACACAUCUGGUAUUCUACACAUGCUUGUGGACACCUCAUAUAUGUCCUGAGAUGCAAUAAUUUAUAAACAGUUAUGCAGAAGUAUAACAAGUCAAAGCCAUGCUAACAAAAUGGACAGUUUAGCAAUCAUCAUUUGGUUCAAUAAAACUUGUGCAGUUGAUAAA